GCUGCUUGUGCUGAAUAGCCCGAGCACAUGACGACGACGCGAGAUGAUUGUGCUAGUGAGCUCCAUAGCUGUUACUGGACCGGUUGGACCCUGUUGUGACGGUGUUUUCAUACGCGUUCGUGCUUGCACCCACCACAACAACGUCAACUCGACUACCUACCCUUCCUACCCACCAUUGCGGGCACUCGAAUACCGCCCGACACCAAUUCUGCGCUGUAUCGACUGCCGCCGCUUGCAUACGCAUCUCGCCCGUUUGUGCGACGCAAACAUCUCCGCAUGCAGUCCGCUGCGCAAGGCCCACUAUGAGCGACUACGGUGACGACUACUCCGACUAUGGAGAGGAAUGGUACUACGUGGAGGAAGAGUUUAUCGCGGCGGACGAUUUAGCAGAGCACGCUGUAGCGUCGCCGCCGCCUACCACAUAUGCGGACGAAGACGCUGCCGAGGACUGGGACAGGUUCGAUUAUUUCAACGACCUCGAGUAUGCGUCAGAUGGCUACGACGACGCUUUAUUCAAAGUCCAGGACAGCAAAGGACCGAAGAUAGGAGAGAAGAGGAAACGGCACGUAAAGCCCAGCCUGAGCAAAAAAAGGCAACGAGUCUUAGGAGAGACGGAGGCAGUAGCGCUGGGAAUGUCGCCUAUUGUCUGGCGCUCGCAGGCCAAUCGUGGGCUGCAGCCUAAGCUUCUCGAGGAAAAUACGCAGGCAUACACAGUGCUCCAAGAUUGGAGGCAGAAGCUCAAAGAUACUCCCAGGUGGGUCAAGGGCUCUCCACCCCAGUCACCAUUGGUGCAAGCCGUGAGAGAACAGAAGCACGUUGCGGAGGUCAUUGAUACAGUAGAGCCCACGUCACCGCCCUCCGAGUUGGACGCAGACGAUGAAGGGGCACACAGAGACGAAAUGGAUAUCGAUCCGGGAGUAUUGAUGGCUGCACUGCAAAGCCGCCUGGCCGAAGCUGGAGGUCCGCUGAGCGGCAUGGACCCACAGCAAUUGCUAGCCUUUGCCACAAGAAUGGCUACUGGCAAGGAUGCUGGGGACGAUAUCGCAGGUGAGAUGGCGGAUGCUAUGCUCAACCAGGGCGAAGAAGAAGAUGACGAUGAAGAUCUCGAGGCCGAAGCGAACCUAUUUAGCUGGGUAGCGCAGCAGCGUAACCAAGGCACCCAGCCUCCCGUAAGCGCAUCUGAAUCGACGACCACCACCAACGUCAAACGACCACCGACUCCCUCAGAAGAGAAAGCUACCACGGCCGCCAUGAACAGGACCAUCCAGGCUGGUCAAACGGUCAUAAAAGGUCGCUCGCACAUCAAUACUUCCCUUAAGCGCAAAGCGGGUGAGGAGAACGAAAGCGAGGCUGUCGCAAAUCCUACGAAGAAACGAGCCGCGAGAUCAUUCGAUGCGCCAACUGCAGCCAGUCAGGCGAGGACAGCAUCAUCCAAGACCGCAAGAGGAGGGCGGAAGAAGUGAGGUGUCGGCAAAGGCUUACACCGACAAGCACAACCACCUCAGAUAGAAAUGUGUUGUCUUACGAGUUCUAUCACUUGGUUCAACACACGCUGCAUGUCAGUCAGGCCUGGUUUGAAUCCUAUGCAAAAAAAUCGCCUUUUUCUGACGGUGUGGCGCGUCGUGUGUGUGCAGUUGGGAAGAACUUCCACGCGGCGACAAGGGUUCCCGCAAUUAUGAGGCCUAAGGUGGUGACACUCUGUCGACAUUGGGGAAGCAGGCAUCAUCAUGCGUUAUCUGAGUAUUUGGAUAGGGACGUCUGGAGUUUGACAAUGCCGUACAACUAUGUACUAGGAUGCAGUCGCCACAGUAUCGACUGCAACAGCUUGAACAAGACCAGCCUCAGCUGAAAGAUGAAUAACGUUUGACCACUUUAGUA